CUUAUAACUGAAGUGCAAAAACCAAUCUCAGGUAAUCAAGUAACCAAUCUCAAACUACAAAUUAAUUAACCCUCAAACCACCAAAAAAAACUCUACAAAUUUUCAUCAAUGGCUUCCACAAACAAGGACCAAAAAACCACAAACACCGUGUCUUCUUCUUCUCCAAUCUUCAUUUCCACUGAGAAUUUACGAACCAUCCUCACCCAUCAAACUCUAAUGAACCACAUCGACUCCAAUCUCCCCAAAGUUUCAACCUUUCUCCAAACCCCAAUUCGCCAAACCUACAGUCUCUCUCCUUCCUCUUCCCUCCUCCUCAUGCCUUCAUGGUCUUCUUCUUCCUCCUUCCCUUACGUUGGUGUCAAACUUGUAACCCAUUUUCCUCAAAAUUCCUCAAUCAAUUUACCCGGUGUUCAAGGUAGCCAUGUCCUCUUCAAUUCAUCCACUGGUCAAACCCUUGCUUCUAUGGAUUCCACCGAACUUACGCUUUACAGAACCUCUUGUGUCUCUGGUUUGGCUUCUAGAUAUUUAUCUAGAGAUGAUAGUGAGAUUCUUGUUAUGGUUGGUGCUGGUUCCCUUGCACCACAUUUGAUCAGAGCUCAUUUUUCAGCCAGACCCAGUUUGAGAAAAGUGUUGAUUUGGAAUAGGACUGUUGAAAAGGCGGAAGCUUUGGCUAAGAAACUGAGAGAAAGUGAUGAGUUUUCACUCUCAGGGUUGAGUUUUGAGGGUUGUGGGUGUUUGGAUGAUGUUGUUGGAUUUGGGGAUAUUGUGAGCUGUGCUACAAAUUCCGAGACAGCGCUUGUGAAAGGCGAGAGGUUGAAGGUUGGAGCUCAUUUGGAUUUGGUGGGUUCUUUUAAGCCUUCAAUGAAGGAAUGUGAUGAUGAGGCUUUGAAAAGAGGGAAAGUUUUUGUUGACAAUGAGGCUGCAUUGGUUGAAGCAGGUGAACUAGUGGGUGCUUUUGAAAGGGGAGUGAUCAAGGAAGAUGAAAUUGAGGCCAAUUUGGUGGAGCUUAUUAGAGGUGAUAAAAUUGGGAGAAGCAGUUCAGAAGAAAUUACUGUUUUUAAGUCUGUUGGUUCUGCUGUUGUUGAUAUGCUGGCUUCACAGUUUGUUUAUGAGACAUACACAGGGAAAUAGUCUUCCUGCAACAGCUUUGAGGCCUUGUCAGUUGCUUUUACUAGCAGCGCUUAUGCCAGAAGCACUCUUGAGUUAAAGGACGGUAAGAUUGGAAGGGCUUGUUCUCGAAUACGCAGGGACUAACAAGACUGUUGCCAUUCCAUUCAGGUAAUGAGAUAGUGAAUGUCCGAUCAAUAAUAAUAGUGGCACUUCUUUAUGACUUUCCUGUUGAGCAUAACUUCUGGGUUCUUCGAUGUCAUCUAGAUCAACACGAUACACAUUUGAAAGUGACACUUUUUCACUUGCUUAAACGAUAUUAGGGGAAUAUGUGCACGUUUUCAAUCA